CAGAAAUGGAUACGGCCAAAGAGACAUAGCUAAAAUGGUAAAUAAAUGUUCUUAAACUGUUCAGCAUAUCAUUGGGCGUUACUGUAACGAAAAUAGGGUCGAGAAUAAAUCAAGGCUAGCUCCAAAUAAGAUAUUCAAUGAACGUGAGGAAAGAUGGAUUGUAAGAAAGGUAUCGAAUUAUCCAAAAAAAAGUGCUACCAACUAACCAAAAUGUGGGUCGAGAUGGAGAGACAGUUUGGAAAACGAUGUAACCCCGUAAGAGUUCGACGAAUCCUGCGAAAAAAUAAUUUACAUCUGCGAACUGCCAGAAUGUCUAUGGAAGAAUUAAAAUUGAAACAUUUAAAAGCUUACUGUUAAGCACGAUGGAGAUGGAGUGGUGUUAUGUGGCUGUAGUCAUCUGCAUUUCAUUGAAGGAAAUAUGAACCAAUAUGUGUAUUUGGAUAUAUCAAGACAGCAGACUUAAAUCUAAUUGAAAAUUUGUGGUUGACAUUAAAAAACAAAAUAAUGGAAUCCGACGACAUCAUACCAGACUCUUUAGACGAGGCACCAUCCGCAAAAGUCACAGUGAUUUAUCCGGGCGAGAAGGAAGUCGAUUUAGGAAAGGAAUUGACCCCGACUGAUGUCAUAGAAGAACCCAAAGUAUCGUGGGAUGCAGAUCCGAAAAAAUUGUAUACCUUAAGCAUGAUCGAUCCUGAUGCACCCAGCAGAGAAAAUCCGAUUUACAGGGAGAUUAAUCAUUGGCUUGUGGUAAACAUAAAAGGAAAUGACCUAACGACAGGCGAAACCAUCACACCUUACAGAGGGUCGAGGGCGCCAAAAGGAACGGGUCUUCACAGAUACAUCUUCAUUGUAUUUGAACAAUCGGGCCAAAUUGCAGUAAAUGAGCAGGACUUGAAAACUGAGAGGAGGAACUUCAAUUUGAGAAAGUUUGCUAAAAAGUACGGUUUGGGCAAGGCGUAUGCUGGGAACUACUAUAAAGCGCAGUGGGAUUCAUCGGUACCGGAACUAAAAUCCUAAGAUAUUUACUGUAGAACUAUAAUCUUUAUGGGAUAACCUUUAAUUUUAAAAAAUACAUUAUUAAUAUACACACGAUAGAACAA